AUGGUAUACAACGUUCCUUCAAGCUUCUCCAAGGUUUCAUCUCCUUCUAAGAAGCCUACUUCAACCAUGGGGACGUCAGAUCGCUUCCUCUCACCGGGAUCCUACCUAUCCAAGUCUACCAAGGAGCUUCCUGGACCUGGAAGCUACAGCUCAUCAGUGUCACCAAAGCCGAGCUCAAGGAAUGGGACGCUCGGGAGUGUGCGAUCGAUGGAUCGUCUAGACUUCGGGCCCAAGGGAGAGGGAGCAGACGCAGUUUACGAUGCCAAGGUCAACACGUUCUCGAGCAAGGGAGGGACGAGAGGGUUUGGAAGCUCGGAGAGGUUUGGCAAGUUUGGAGCCUACAUCCGAUCGGACGAUUGUCCUGGACCAGGAUCGUACACUCCCAAAGCUGCAGCAAAGCAACCGCAUGUAGAAGGAAGAGCCUCUCCUCCUCGUUCCCCCUCCACCAGGCUCGACUUCACGAAGAUCUCGGGAGCUUCUGAGAGUCCUGGGCCCAUCUAUACGGUCAGAUCAAGUUUCGAUAACAGCACAAAGGCUGAGUCCUCUGAGGAGUCAAAGAAGUUCCGGACCACCAAGUUCACCAUCAACAGCUCGCAGGGCGGGUCCUCCUCUUCCUUCAUCCUCCUUGUCGUAUGGAUGUUCCUCGUCGACAUGCCCUAG